AUGUCUGAAACUCUUGAUCUCACUCAACUCACUCAAACCAUAGCUGCUUUGCAGACUCACUUGGUAUCACUAGAAAAUAUAUUCUCCUCUAUGCUACACACAAUUCUUGUUUGUGCAACUUAUGGUUGGACUCCACCUGAGCUUUUGAAGGCCACAACUAGCAUGUCAAUGAAUUUUUUUACCUCUACAUUAGAUAUCAAGACCCACAAGAAGAUUAUUGACACUUAUCUGCCAAUCCAGAAUAUGGCUUACUUCCCUCCUGCCACUCUUUCCAUUGCUCUGGCUCAAUUCAAGCCUCAUCAAUUAAAGAAAGACACUCUUCUGUAUAACUUAUAUAUUUCUGAAAUGCAAGCACUAUAUUUUCUUGCUAUGAUUAAGAACUUGUGCUCCUUACUUAUCCACACUUUUGCAUUUAUCAUCCAAUCUUGCAAUGAGCUAGCUCUGCAGUCAUUUAAUCUUAAAUUCCAAAUGACUGACAGUGGUUCCACCAAGAACUAUACUAUAGAUCCUUUCAAAUUUCAAUAA